UGAUAGUUCAGGUCGAUCGCUUCAGGCUCAAGUCCUAUUUAAGUUGUAUAAUUUUAUGUGAAUUUUCGUGCAUUCCUCGUGAGCUUUUUUAAAUUAUUUGUGCAAGGAAAUUUUUAAGCUCGUGGACGACCCGGGUUCGAUAAACCUCCGUACAGAAUGGCGACCUUAGACUGCAGGCCGGCGCAGGCAGAAAAGAAGGAGGUGAAGCCGGUGGAGGAGCUGAUGGACUGGGACAACUACUACAAGCACCGCGGGAUGAUCAGCACCCGCUUGGCCAGUUGCAAGACGGACUACAUGCACUGCUCCACCUAUCAGGACAAGGGCAAGAACCAGGAAAAGGACCCCAAGGACAAGAAGGACAAGAAAAAGAACUCGUGCUGCUGCUCCUCGUGUCCAGUAAAAAACCGGGAGCAGGACUACGAGCCCCGGUGUCCAGCUCCUGGUCAGAAGGGCAAGCCCAACAGGGCUUAUAUGCGCUGCUUCGCCGCCAAAUUGAUUGUCCAGAGACUCGACAUGCCCGGCCGGGAUUUCGAGUGCCGCGAUAAGUUGCAAAUCAAGGCCAAUGUGUGUCGGGGAUGCAAGAUUUGUCUGGACGACAGUCGCAUCAACGUCAACUGUCUGCCCCUCAAUCCGGACAAGACCUUCCAAAUGGAACCCGAGUGUUUGCAGAGGCAACUGGCCGAGGGCAUCCCCAUUUCCGUGAUCUAUUUGCGCAAGGAGAUCGCACGCGGCUGCUACUUUCCACCUGCGGCGGUGGUCAACCGCAUGAUCAACGAGUUCUCCGAGAUCGUGCACGAUGCCAAUAUAGAGCUGACCUGCAAGGGCUGCACCGUUGGCCUGGUCAGCAUCCGCUUUGCGAUGCAGAUGCGCUGCCAGAUCCUGAAAGAAGUUGCGGACGGACGUUUGGCGGGCGGCCAGGAGCGGGGAUGUUGUUCCAAGGACAUGAAUGUGAAUCCGCAGGACGUCUCCUAUAUGUCGGGUGGCAACCAGUCCUCCUCUUCCAUUGAUCCCUGUGCGGGCUUUAUGCCCAGCGACAUGGAUGUGCCUUCGGAGGUGCCCUCUUGCAGCGAAGACAAAUGCCAGGAUUUCGCUGGAUGUCAGGAAUCCCCUCCUCGGCUGGUGGACAUGGCCGGACCCUAUCCCGUCUACACCUGUCCCAAUGUGGACGACGGUUGUUUGACCUUUGAACCUCCAGCGGCACCUGCCGCACAGUUCUCCCCCUGCCAAAAAAACAUUCUGGGCGAGGGGAACACCAACCGGCUGUGCCAACAGCUUUCCUCCCCGAAACUCCGGCAGAUGCACAUCAGCAAUACCCGAUCCUGUGUCCUUUGCGGCGAGGACGUAUCCUGGCUGCCCAAAGUGGCCGCCUGUCCUUGCUGUGGCUACAAACCUGUGCCGGAGUUCAAGGAGCGGACCUACGACGAGGAAGCCACUGCGCAACAGAUCCUGCUGGACCACUUGGAUAAUCCUGUGGAGGAUCUCAGCUUUGACCUGGGAUCGGUGGAGGGAUGCUCGGCGGAUGGGGAGCAUGGGGAGCCAGGACGCACCUCGGAGGCCUUUGAAGCGAUAGUGCGGGACUACCAGCUCCUGCGGCGCAGCAUUCGCGAAUCCUCCACGACCAAGGCCGCCCAGUCGGCCACCAAGAAACCAGCAGAUCAAGAGGGCGAAACAAAGCCUCAAGAUUUGGCCAAGGUUUUCGCAGAGCUGAGAGAUCUCUUCCACGUUAAAACUCCCGAUGAACACCAGAAGAUCCAGGACAUUUGCACGGAGGCCUGUAACCUGGCCAAGGCGCAGAAGAAGAGUCGUUCGGAAAGGAAGAAGGGAGGUAAAGCCAAUACCACUGAUAACGCAUGUGAUGUCGCGAAACCAAAGAAGCGUCGCCCAAAGAGCAAGCGUCCCUUCAAGUCCAGGUACUACUCCAUGUAUUGCCCUCGGGUGAGGCCCAAGGUCACAUUGGAUUGCACAGACAAUAAGGUGCCCAGCCACAUGGGCUGGCUGUGGACUGCCCAUCCACUGGCAUCCAAACCCGGCUGGAGACCCGGUGCCAUCCGCCGCUCCAUUCGCGGCCUGAUGCGCUACUUCCUCAAGGACUUUCCCGUGGACAGCGUGCCCGUAUCGAAGUACAUGUCGUUCUACAAACACAAGAAGUCGCCAGAGUCUCCGCCAGGUGAGAAGCCGCAGGAUUUGAUGCAAGUGCCCACGCUGCACAUAGAAAAGAAGAACGAUGUGUACACCAUCACCCUGCGUCCUUUAAAGGAUGCCAAGACGCUCUCACGCUCGGCCAAUCCCUACGUGAACAUGAAACCCAUGCAGUUCAGGAUCGUGAAGAAUCCGCUGCUGAAGGAACUGCGCGACUUGAAGCGCUGUCUCAAGGGAAUGGGUUUCAGCAAGUGCAAGUGCCACAAGCCCCUGAUGACGUGCUUCUGCCGCAGUUUCGUGGACAAGAAGAGGCUGUUGUACCAUGUCCGGAAGGAGUGUGAGCGUCGGAAGAUAGAGUCCUGCGAGAAUGAACUGGUGCUGACCGACACCUCCGACAGCGAGGCGGAGUUUGACUUCGGGGUCACACCACCGGCGGGCUUGAUGCAUCCGGAGCGACUGAAGACCACCCAUGUGACGAACACCGCAGUGCAGUACGACGAGAGUGACUGGGUGAAUCCCAGCCUGUAUCCCCACAUGCCCGAUGCCACAGUUCAGUACGAGAGCUGUGUGAUGGGCGAGCGGCAGAAGCCGUUUAACUGGAUCUACGGCAAGGGCGUCAUCCAGGAGGAGCCCAAGCCGCCCAAGAUGAGGAAUAUUCCCAAGAAGCAGAAGAAGAAGAAGCCGGUGCCGGGUCGCGUGGCUGGAGGAUUUGCGGGGCAGGAAUUCCAGGAUUCCUCCAUUUACAGCCGAGUCAACAAUAACUCGGUUCAAACCCAAACUCGCACGCAAACUAUCGGGCCUAUUCACAAUCUUCCAAAUUACUCUACGGACUCGAAACUGCCGCUGACUGGCCAACACAUGAGGCUUCUGGAUCAAGCGGCGUAUCCACCCACUGCUCCGCAAAGGAAGGAACCUUGGUCCUGGGAAAUGACCAAGGAAAAGCAGCGUCAAAGGGUCAAACGAAGGACGAAAAAGCUGGUGCGAUUCGAUCCUACCAUCGGUGCUCACUCCUCAGAUAAUUAUAUCGCUUAGUUUCGUUUAACCGGGUCGCUUUUACUUUAUCCACAUCCCCCAAUAACCCCCUUUCAACAUACGAUUUUAGCCAACCCACCAAUGUUCCGAUAACACUCAACCGCGUAAAAUUGUAAGUUUUAAUAAACAGGAAAAUUGCAAAA